CUGUCAGAUACCACACCAGGAUAGAAAUGCCUCUGCCAAGACGCAGAUCGUCCCUCCUGGGCCAGGCUGGUGCAGAACGGCCAGGAAAUGUGAGCCGUGUGAACAUAGGCAGUACCACAGCUGCUCGAGGCACGUUCUUGAGCUCUGAAUCUUCUGAGAGCACCAGCUGCCUGGGAGCCCGUGUGUCUCGCAGGGCACUGGGCAUCAGCAGCAUCUUCCUGCAAGGUCUGCGCAGCACCAGCUCCCCGGUUCUGCCCAAGCAUGCAGAAAGGGGUCACCUGUUGGGUGCUGAGGGCUUUAACAGCUGUCUGCUAGAUUACCGUGGCAAGGUACACACCCUGGAACAACUCAACCAGCAGUUGGAACAGCAGAUCCAUGACUGCCUGGAUCGCAAGGCCUCCAGCGCCAGGAUGUGGGGGGCACUCAGGCAGGAAUGGGAAGACAUCUACCGACAAGUGAGCGAGGCCAUCCUGGAUAACGCUCGACUUGUUCUUCAGACCGAAAAUAUCCAGGUCAAUGCUGAAGACCUUAAAGAGAGGUUUGAACAUGAGCAGCUUUUUCAUAAAGCCAUGGAGGAGGAGAUCAGCUCACUCCAUAAGGUGAUUAAUAAUGCCAAUUUUACCAGAAUAGACCUGGAGAGCCAAAUUGAGAAGAUGAACACUGAGCUUCUCGACCUGACCAGAACUCAUGAAGAGGAUGUGAGACAGCUCUAUAACCAGUUAGCCAGCCAUGAUGUUGGAACUGACCCACCUACUGAGGCCAGUCUAGAACAGAUAUUGACUUAUAUCCACUCUCACUGGGAAAAGGUCAUUGAGAAGACCCGGGCAAAUACUGAUGCAUAUCUGGAGUUCAAGAAAGUGGACGAUGAAGACAAAAAGCUAAGUGAGGAGGAAAAACUACUGGAGAAUCUGAAGACAGAAUGUAAUGAUGCAAACAUGAAGAUCCAGAGCUUGCAUGCUGAAACAGAGUCCAUGAGAGCACUGAAACGAGGCCUUGAGAACUCACUGAACGAUGCGAAACAUUGGCAUGACAUCGAGCUUCAGAACUUGGGAUCGGUCAUCGGGAAGCUGGAGGCCGAACUUGCUGAUGUGCGUGGAGACAUCGAGCAGCAACAGCACGACUAUGAGAUGCUCCUCGACAACAAGAAGAGGCUAGAAAUAGAAAUUAGAACAUACCAUGGGAUUUUAGAUGGAGAGGAGAGCAGAUUCCAGCCAUCUUUGCCCCUGUCUAGUAGUGCAGAAGCUGAAACAAGAACCCAAUCUUUCCCUGAAAAACAGAGCUCUACAGAUACUGACGGCUCUAAAGUGGAAGAGCAGAAGAAGACCAAAUGAAAUUUUGCCCUCAGAAGCAUGGCUUCACUCGGUGGCCGCGACAAAACCGCUUUUAUAAAAUACACAAUUUUCACUUGUAUCGGUUUUCUUUUGCUUUUUGGCUUGUAUAGAUCACAGCACUAUUUCACAAGUUGAGACUUUGAGAAUAAUAAACCGCAUUUCUGCAAGCUCAUACUUUCAAGUCACAUGCCUGGCAUUUAAUUGUAUACACACUACAUGUUUUGAACAUUUUCUCAGAAAGUAAGCAAAACCUCUCAGUCGAAAAUAACACCUCU